UUGGGUUAUGUCACUCCUUGGAAUAGUCGUGGUUACGAUAUAUCAAAGAUGUUUCUAGGAAAGUUUACUCAUAUUGCACCGCUUUGGUAUCGUAUUAAGCGUCUAAAUGGAAAGUUUAUACUGGAUGGUGCUCAUGAUGUCGAUCAGCAAUGGAUGAACCAAGUUCGUCAACCCGAUCGUCAAGGAAAACGUGCCUUGGUAUUACCAUUGUUUCAAGUAUCAGAAUUCACUCAAACAGACUGGAUGGCUCUCAUCCAAGACUUGUCUGUUACUAAAAACCUGCUAUCUGUCUUGACUAAAGAAGUCAUGCUGCAUGGCUUUGAUGGUCUGGUCAUUGAAAUGUCCGUACCUGGACGCUACAUUGUGCAUAUUAUCAAACAACUCUAUUUGGAUCUGACUAAACUAAACAAACAGCUCAUACUAGUCAUUCCACCCCGUCAUAUACAUAUGGAUAGCGACGUAUUUGAUGCCAACGAUUUCACGAAUCUGGUGUCAUUUGUCGAUUAUUUCUCAUUAAUGACAUAUGACUACUCGCAAUCUAAAGGCAAUGGUCCAAAUUCCCCAAUAGGUUGGAUUGAAGAAAAUAUACGCAGAUUGUGUCCUGACAAGACACUUCGAUCAAAACUGCUAACUGGGUCAAAUAUGUACGGAUAUGACUUUGAUCAUGUCACAUUCAACUCGGAACCUCUUGUUGGUUCUAAAUACAUUUCACUCCUAAAGGAAAAAAAUGUUAUACUGCAAUGGGAUUCACAAUCUCACGAGCAUCACUUUACCUACACAGACGAUGCUAACCAUAAACACUCGGUGUAUUAUCCCACUCUUAAAUCGUUUCACGAUCGACUUUCACUUGCGUCCAACUCUGGAACUGGAGUUGCAAUUUGGGAACUUGGACAGGGUUUGGAUUAUUUUGUAAGUGUCUUG